AUGUUGAACUGGGUCAUCAUCUCUGGCACAUGGAUUCGCUUCAACGCUGCAAUCAAAGCUCAACAUAUCGAUCGGCAGAUAUAUUUACCCAAUCUUUCUCGCUGGCAGCCAUAUGCAGCUCACUGGACCUUCUUCUGGGCCUCUGUUUUUCUGUGGGUUCAAGGAUAUGCUGUUUUCUUGAAGGGUAAGUGGAGUGUUGCUACCUUUAUAUUCAAUUAUGGUAUCAUUGCUUUGGCUGGUGGGAUCGGCCUGAUUUGGAAGAUUGUUAAACGCACGCACUUCCAGAGGAGUAAGGAGGUUGAUCUUGUGUCUGGCUGUGAUUUCUUCGAUGCUUUGACGGAUUACUAUCGUGACCGGCGAGAGACUGAUGGGGUCACGCAAGGCAAUUGGAAACGUCGGGUCAUGGACAAGCUGUUCUAG